AUGAUGGAUGCCUUGCUAUGGCUGUUUGGUGCAGCAUUCAUUGCCGGCUCAGCAAUGGUUCUUCUAUGCCAGCAAGGUCAGCGUAACAUCAUUCUAGCACGAUUUCGUAUAAGCCGGCGCAGAUACUCUGGCUCUACAACUCCUCCACGAUCGCUUUCACUGUCCGAGAAACAAGUAGACAUACCAGUCACAUACUCUGAUACGUUUCCACCAUCUCGGCAUUCUGUUUGGUCCGGAACCGGCGUGGAUUCGGUUGAUCCAGAAACAGACGUGCUUCCGCUGGAAGCGUCAUAUCUAGAUGCAAAAGACUCACUAUACACUCCUUGUGGGUUCUCGAUCAAGGAUAUCAAAUCUCUCGGUGACUUUCCCGAUUAUGCUGCCUUGAGUGGGGUGCGUCUGCCACAGUCACACCCAGUGUUCGACAUCAAAAAUGCUCUUCCGCGACCUUACAGGCCCUUUCGAUGGGCAUACCACCAAACGAUGUCACUCACGAAGAUGGAACCUGACUGGUGGCUGGAGCUCGAGAAUACCUACGAGGAGCGCAUCAAGCAACGACAAGCGCUAUUCGCGCAGCACGGCGAAGCAGUCUUGCAAUUCCUACCCGGGUCCGAGCUAGCCUGCAAGGAGCUCAUGGAGAUGGUUCUGCAAUUCCUAUGUGCACGUUACCCGCAAUAUUUCAAGUUAGACAACGAUAACACUAUCUUUCACAACGGUAUCUUGCACACCACAACAAUCCUCAAGAACAUCCACCCCUUACACGUCCUCCUAAACAACGUCCCAGAAGACUUCGCCAUCAUGCUGCGCGACGACAAAACAGGUCUCUACGUCUUCCGCGCAGGCGUAAUCUGCAGCGCACUAGGCUGGAACGUCGGCACGAAAAUCGGCCUGCGACUCGACGAGAUCCACGGCCCAGUCCCAGACUACAAAGAGAAGAUGAAAUUCUCCAUGGACAGAUUCUUCGCCAAAAUGCCCUCCGACAAGCCCAUCCAGCGCGGCUCCUGGGGCAUCGAAGUCGGCGAACUACUCUACAUGGGACCCGACGACACGGCACAUAAAUCCCAGCGCGAGCAUCAAAGCCCAGACCUCUCCCUCUCACAGUGCCACCUACGCGUCGACUGGCAGACACUGCGCCGCCUCCCGCUCUCAGGCGCUGUGGUGUUUAAUUUCAAAGCCCUGUUCACCCCCGUGGAGCAGUUCCGCGAUGAACCGUAUGUGCCGGGCUUGCUGCUCAAAGUGCUGAAUGAGGGGAAGGGGAAUAUCAUGGCGUAUAAGAAUACUUGGCAUACGGAUCAUGUGGUUAAACCGGCGCUUGAGCGGUUUCAUGACGAGCAGGUGCGGAGUGGAUUGGUGCCUGGGGGCUGGGAGCCGCAGACGUUGGAUGAGAGUCCGUGGUUUCCUGGGUGGGAGGGCAAGUGGCGGCGUCAGCAGGGGUUUUGA